UUAGGGAUGCGUCAAUCGAUAUCGGAUUGAGGAUCCAUCAAGGGCAGAAAAUAUCGAAGGAAUUUAAGCAAAGUUUACCAAGAAGCAGUGUAAUAACUGAAUCCAAUAUGUCUCAGGCACCACCACCAUAUCCUGGGGAUCCACAGAAAAAUCCCUAUCCUCCUCAACAACCUGGAUAUCCACCACAACAAGCUGGAUACCCUCCACAACAGCCUGGGUACCCUCAACAAGGCUAUCCUCCAUCCCAACCUUACCCAGCUCAUCAUCAACAGUCCCAUAACACUACCACAAUCAUCCAAACACAGCCUACAACUACUGUCAUUACUCCGGCGUUCUUUGGGGAGACUCCAGUGGCGAUGAUGUGCCCUCACUGCCAAGCGAGUAUCGUCACUGCCACCGAAUACGUGCCUGGCUCUCUAGCUUGGAUCAUUUGUGUUGUUCUCUUCUUUGUCUUCUGGCCAUGUUGUUGGUUGCCAUUUGUCAUUGAUGGCUGCAAGGACGUACUCCACUCUUGUCCCAACUGCAGAAGACAAGUUGGAUCUUACAGCAGAAUGUGAUGGCCGUGGAUUUACAAUACCAGUAUUGGCCUGAAUAAAAGCUUAGUAGUAAAACGCUUCUUAGAAGAAAAAAACACACACUUUUUGCCUAUGGUGCAAACAUUAAAUCCAUGAAGUAAAAUUAUAUUCAUUUGUUAGAGUGAUGACAACAGCCAUAAAACAAAACCUAGAACUUAAUGUUUAAAAGUCGAUACAAAAUAUAAGACAACAUUGUAAUCACAGGCUAGAGUGUAAACCAUAUAUAUCCAUUAAAUAACACACCAACUAAAUAACACUAGAGUAAAAACAAUAAAUCCGUGAAACACUAAUUACUAAAUAGUACAAAAUAGUGCUAACUAAACAAUAGAAAACAAUGGAAUUUGCAUGAAAUUGUGCUAUUUAGUAUUACUAAAGUUUCAUGGUUAUACUGUUGCCACUCUAAACACAUUCUUUCUUUUGUUUUCAAUUGUUUUAUUGAUGCCAUUUUGUACUAAUUAGUUAACACUAUUUCACGAAUAUAUAGUUUGCACUCUACUUAGAAGUAUUAGACUUAUUUCUAUGUCAUGGGUUAAGUAUCGUCACUCUGGUUUGCAACAGUCUUUAUUUAGUGGCUGUUAUCACUAUCACUCAACCAGAACAGUAUUAAUAUCAAUACCCAGGAGGCAUAAAAUUCACUAUUUAGCCAUCACUUCUACUUGCUCGUAUACAUGGAAUAGAAAUAUGACUUCCAUUAUUAUUCAAGACCCUGACUAGCCUCUCAUACAGUGAAAAUACAGUGAGAAGGCUAUUCAGUACAGAAAAUAGCCAUUCAAAUUGGUCAUGAGUUGCACUAGUGACAUAAUUCCGUCUCGUGUGGAAUGUUCAUCAGUCGAAUCACAAGUUUUCAAUAGAAUUCUUUCUGGCUGACAGCACGUGGAUCAGAUAAUGAGAUUCAAAACUUUUAUCAGCUGAGUGAAAGCCAGCAAUACAAUAGCUGUUCUUGUAUUCUUGUCACUGGUGUAUUGUUAUAAUAACUGUCGUAGUUGGGUGAUAGUGGCUAAUAGUUAAUAAAUAGAAACUGUUAAUUGGAUUUUCUUUCAUAGAUUUAUUAUUUACACUUUAAUGAUCAUAUGCCACAAAGCCUUGUAAAGUCACGAGUAGAGAUCCAUAUAUAACAGUUCAAAAGUUUAAAACACAAACUUGUAUCUGACUGUUACUUUUUUAAUUUUGAAACAGAAAUUAGGAUUAAAAAAAAAAACACAACAUUUCUUUAUAUCCUGCAUGUGUUUCUUAUUUGUAGUGAUGUUCAGCAUUGUGUGGACUCAAAUGGUGAUAAAGUGAUUUUCAAAACCUGUGAAACAAAAUUUAGCUAUAAACUUCUAUUAACACAUAAUAAUGUGUAAUAGCAGUUAUUAGCGAGAAAAUUAAAGUUUAUUCAGUGAAAGUUUAUUGAAGUUUAUUUAUAACUUCAUUGUUGAAAGUCUAAUGAGUAAUAACUUGUACUAGUUUGUAUUAAUAAUUGUUACUUUGACAUUUAUUUUACAGGUUUAUGAAAAUCAUUCUAGUUGUAGUUGUUUCUCAAAAGCAUAAUUUUGUUCUUAAUCAAUGGUGUCAUAACUGAUAGACAUUUGUAUAGGAACAGCAUUUGUUUUAUCUUAGGAUGGCAACUAGCAUUAAUCAUAUCCAGUGCUCUUUAUUAAAGGUGCAGUAAUACAAGCAAUAAGGCCAUGCAAUAAAACUGUGCAUGCUGCAGAGCAAAUGCUGCUAAUUUUAGCACUCAUUUAACUGUGUAAGAAAUCUUUGUUGCAAACAGUAAAACGUAGUUACUAUGUGUAAUGAA